UAUACUUUUUUAUAUUUUUUUCUUACCUUUGAUUCUUUUCUUUCCUUUGACAGUUAACACCUUUUCAGUUUUGGGUUUUUGCUUUAUCAAAGAUUCUCCCAAAAAUUCCUCACAAUUUCUUUUAUAAAAAAGAAAAGUGUUUUCUAUUUGUUUCAAGACUCUUUGCACCACCCCACAUGCAUGUUUUUGGGGUUUGUCUGAUCUGGAUCAGAUCACCAAGAUCUCCAUUUUUUCUUUUCUUUUUUCUAUUUUCAAAGAAAGGGUUAUUUUGUGGGUUCAAGAACUAAAGGGUCUGCCUUUUUGGAUACCAAAUUUGGGUCUUUUUUGUACUUGUACAAGAACAACAACAAGUGUAGGGGUGGUCUUUGAAUACUUUUGAGGCAUGGCUGGUAUUGAUGUUUCGAAAUAUGCACAUAGCCCUGUGCACAAAGCUAUAGUCUUGAAAGAUUAUGCCUCUCUGAGGAAGAUAAUCGCUUCGUUGCCUCGGCUUUGUGAUCCUGCUGAGAUUCAUACUGAAGCGGUAUCGCUUGCUGAGGAAGCUAAGGCUGAUGCUAUUUCUGCUGUGAUCGAUAGACGGGAUGUUCCUAACCGGGAUAGCCCUCUUCAUUUGGCUGUCAAACUCGGUGAUGAGACAGCAACCGAGAUGCUUAUGCUUGCUGGUUCUGAUUGGAGUUUGCAGAAUGAACAUGGUUGGAGUGCCUUGCAGGAGGCAAUAUGUAAUAGGGAAGAAAGGAUCGCGAAGAUCAUAGUUAGGCACUACCAGCCUUUAGCCUGGGCAAAAUGGUGUAGAAGGUUACCUCGGUUGAUUGGGACGAUGAAGAGGAUGAGGGACUUUUAUAUGGAAAUAACAUUUCACUUCGAGAGUUCUGUCAUACCUUUCAUUUCUAGGAUUGCACCUUCAGAUACAUAUAAGAUUUGGAAGAGGGGUGCAAAUUUAAGGGCUGAUAUGACUCUGGCUGGCUUUGAUGGCUUCCGAAUUCAGCGUUCCGAUCAGAGCAUUCUUUUCCUUGGUGAUGGUUCUGAGGACGGUAAAGUCGCUCCUGGAUCACUUUGCAUGAUCUCACAUAAAGAAAAGGAAAUUAUGAAUGCUUUAGACGGCGCUGGUGCUCCAGCGACCGAGGCAGAAGUACAACAAGAAGUUGCUGCAAUGUCUCAAACGAAUAUAUUCAGGCCUGGGAUCGAUGUCACCGAAGCAGUUCUGUUGCCACAAACAACAUGGAGGCGCCAGGAGAAAACGGAGAUGGUAGGUUCUUGGAAAGCUAAAGUAUAUGAUAUGCACAAUGUAGUUGUGAGCAUAAAAUCAAGGAGGGUUCCCGGAGCUAUGACGGACGAUGAAUUUUUCAAUUCUUGCAAUGAAAAUGAAACAGAGAGUGAAGAGUUUGACGAUAUAUUGACUGAGGAGGAAAGAAAGCAGCUUGAGGUUGCUCUCAAGUCGGACUCUUCAGAUGUAAGCAAUGAGAAUGGAGAUGGGAUCAUUGCACAUCGCCAUAGUUGUUAUGAACAAAGGGAUAUACCCGUUGAGGAGAUAAAUGGCUGCAGGAUUGAUGACAAUAAGCAGGAUAAGAAGAGGUGGUUUAACAGCUGGAGGAAACGGGAUAUUAAGCCAGAAGGGGAGAAACGAGUUGUCCCACCUAGAAAUUCAAUAUGUGUCGAGGGGAAGGUUGGCAAUUAUACUGAGGGUUCUCCACCUUUAAAUGAAACUAGGCCAGGGAGACAUUCCGUGGAUGUCAGGGUGACGAGGGAUGAGUUUAGACAAGGAAGAGAUGCAAAGGCUUCUACGUCUAGCAAUGCUGAAAAUGGAAAUCGGCGCAAAGAUGGAGGCCGAGAAAAUGAGUACAAGAAAGGAUUGAGGCCCGUACUUUGGCUUUCUCCAGAUUUCCCAUUGAGAACUGAAGAGCUGCUUCCUUUGCUUGACAUUCUGGCUAACAAAGUUAAAGCUAUCCGGCGGUUGAGGGAAAUGCUCACAACAAAACUCCCAAAAGGAACCUUCCCAGUUAAGGUAGCAAUUCCGGUUGUUCCAACUAUUAGAGUAUUGGUGACUUUCACUAAGUUUGAAGAAUUGCAGCCACUAGAUGAGUUCGAAACUCCUCCUUCCAGCCCUACUGGUUCAGGCAUGGAGAGUCCAUCAGUGUCGCAGCCCUCAAGUUCAUCAUGGUUUCAGUGGAUAAAAGCCCCAUAUCAACGGCCUAGUUCUUCUACAAGCAGUCCAAGUAAUAGGAUCGAAACCGUUCAAGAUCCAUUUGCUGUCCCUCAAGGUUACACGUGGAUAUCAGCAGAAGCAAAGAGAAAGAAAAUGCAGGAAAAGGAAAAGGCGAAGAAAGGAAAGAGUAGGAAACAGUAGCUGAAACACUUGGUUCAUACUAAGACGUGUUACAUUCUUCAUUGGCUGAUCUUGUUUUAGUAUUUUUCGAAAUCUGAUUAAAUCAUUGUGGGUGGUAUAAAAGUUGAAAUUCGCGAUUCUUCCAAAUCCUUGUUAUCAAUGUGGAACAAUUGUUUUUGUUCGCA